GUGGUGAUCGACAAGUAAGCCUGCGAUGACGCCGUUACGCGCCGCUUCUUCGCACCGAGGAGCGUACGAAUUCUUGACUUUUACUCCUCUUUCUCCGCCGGCCUGCCACGAGGUGAAUCCCGGGAUGUUGAGAGCGACGGCAAUGCGCGGUCGGAGAUGUUUGUUAUAUCCAUUUGCUAAUGACGAGUAGAGAUCAUAUACGUGGCAGAGGCGCGGAGACAAGCACACCCGAUUUUGCUCAUCAUGCGAUCGAUUUGGUGGAGACUACUUCGCGGGCUAGAUUUAUGUCGAUCAUGGCUUGUCUUGUUGCCAAUGUCAUCAUAUGUACUGUGUAUCGUAUCCCUCCAGCCCGUAUGUGUUGCUCUCGUUGCGCUUUGCCGUGACCCCAUCGCGCUCCUUCUCCCAUGUGAGAUGAUUGCACGCACGAUGAGUGCAGCAGCUGUCGUUUCCGUUGCGUCAAAGAAUGAAUGCGGGCUGGAUGGGUCGGACAGAAGGCAAGCAAGCUCGACUCCCAUGGGACAAAACGAAAACUGGUCCCUUUUGUUUCACCACUUGCGUGCUCGGUUGUGUAAAAGCAAUGCUGCCGAGGGAUGGCAGAGCGCGGGAUCGAUCGCCUUUGGCAAAAAAUCAACAUCUCGAUUUGGAGCAAACGGGCAGCGAAUUUGCGCGGGGUCCGGGCCUACGUCCAGCCGUACUCACUGCGCAUCUUUCCUGCCCAUCGUGGAAGUUAUCAAUCGUACAGUAAUCACGGGCAGAGGCGCGUAUCGACAGGACUCAUUUAGGCCUGUAUGAUUGGAAAGUGGACGAUUUCACAACACACUCAAGGCAUGAGUGACAGUAUCGCUCAAUUUAUCACGC